GCACAACGUUAUAAUGGUUGAAGAGCAAAAACAACUUUAUGACGCGAUCUUUGACAGCGACGAGAGUGAUAGAGGUGCUUUUCGAUCGCCAAUGCCCUGUCACGUCCUAAAUUCAAACCGAACUCCCUAUCCGAUCCAUAAUGGUGACAUAGUCGCUGCCUCAGCCUUUUCUACUCCACCAUAUGGCGUAUUUCCCUCUCAAGUUCAGCGAGAGGUAGCAAGUCGGAAUCUUCUCCUUACAGGAAAUCCUUUUCUUGCUCAAAACUAUGCAUACCAUUUUAAAUCACUCGAGAAUUCAAGUUCAUCACCAAAUCUGGCGGAAUAUGGUUAUCCUUUUUUUUUUACACCCCAGAUGUCACCCCAUAUGUCAACUCAUAUGUUACCACAUAUGUCACCCCAUAUGUCACCCCAUCCAGGUCCUAGUUUUAUGUCUUCUACACCUCUCACUCCACCUUCAUCAAAGUUUUUACGUCCACUUCCAAGAAGACCUGACAGUUCUCCAUUUGAAUUAUAUGGUUUACGGACUGAAAGUUGUAGUCCAUCAAUUACAAUAGGAAAAGACAAUAGUAAUGUAUCGACUAAAUCAUGUCAAACGGAUGGUUAUGAGAAUGAUCAAGAUAAACAUCAUUCUAUAUCAAAUUGGUACUUGAGAUGCGUUACUCUGACAGAUAAUAAAAAUUCCUUUCCACCUGGAACAGAUGUAUGGAUUAUACUCUCUGGUGUUCUUAAAAAAUCUGGAGGUCAAAAUCGCCGAUGGCAUUCGUCACUCAUUCUUGAUAGGAUAGAUCAAAAUUUAGUAAAGACUGAUAAGAACAAUUUUUAUAAACUUGAAGGAGAGAUAUCAAUUCAAGAUAUGAUAACUAAUGGUUUUUCACAAGAAUUGUACGAAAACUUUCAGAAGGGAUUUCCUGAGAAUUGGAAAGAAAUUUUGCAUGAUGAAUUUAAAAGUGCGUGGUUUUCAGACUAUAUUAUACCAUUAAAUGAAGAAGGGGAUGUAAAUGUGUCAAAUGAUAUUAUUGAAAACAAUGCCAAGAAUCAUACUGAUUGUGAGGAUUCUAAUGAUACUACAGAUAAUGAUUAUUCUAAUGAUACCACAGAUACAAAAUCAGAUAAUUCUGAUGAUAAUUAUCCUAUUGUACAAGUGAUUAUUGAUAAUUCUAAUAUUGACAUUCAAUUAGAUGAUUUUGACGAUAAUCAUGAAGCGCAGCAACAACCGAACUUGAACGAUUCUAAUGAGAAUAACGAGGAGAUACAAUUGGACUUGAACAAUUCUAAUGAGAAUAACGAGGAUAUACAAUUGGACUUGAACAAUUCUAAUGAGAAUAACGGGGGGUUACAAUUGGACUUGAACAAUCCUAAUGAGAAUAAUAAGGAGCUACAAUUUGACUUGAACAGUCCCAGUGAGAAUAACGAGGAUAUACAAUUUGACUUGAACAGUCCCAGUGAGAAUAACGGGGAUAUACAAUUUGACUUGAGCAAUCCUAAUGAGGAUAAAGAAGAGCAACAAUUGGGCUUGAAUGAUCCUAAUGAGAAUAAUAAGGAUAUACAAUUGGACUUGAACAGUCCUAGUGAAAAUAAUGAGGAUCUCCGAUUUGACUUGAACAAUCCUAAUGAGAAUAACGAGGAACUACCGUUGGACUUGAACAAUCCUAAUGAAGAUAAGGAAGAGCGACAAUUGGGCUUGAAUGAUCCUAAUGAGAAUAACGAGGAUAUACAAUUGGACUUGAACAGUCCUAGUGAGACUAAUGAGGAUCUCCACUUUAACUUGAAUAGUCCCAAUGAAAAUAACGAAGAUCUACAAUUUGACUUGAACAGUCUCAGUGAAAAUAACGUGGAUAUACAAUUUGACUUGAACAACUCUAAUAAGAAUGAUAAGGAUCUACAAUUUGACUUGAACAGUCCCAGUGAGAAUAACGGGGAUAUACAAUUUGAAUUGAACAAUCCUAAUAAGAAUGAUAAGGAUCUACAAUUUGACUUGAACAAUCAUAAUAAGAAUGAUAAGGAUCUACAAUUUGACUUGAACAAUCAUAAUAAGAAUAACGGGGAUCUACAAAUUAACUUGAAUAAUCCUAAUAAGAAUAACGGAGAUCUACAAUUUGACUCGAACAAUCAUAAUAAAAAUAACAGGAAGCGACGAUUAUAUUCUAAUAACAAAAGUGGGAAGCAGCGCUUAGAGUUGAAUAAAACCCCCAAACAGACAAAAUCAGAAGCUGUUACAAUAACAUCUUCUGGUCGCCGUAUUCGUAGGCCAGGUUCUUGGUGGGUGAUUCGCCCUAAGAUUGAGAAAUAG